ACAGGUUCUGUUCCCUGCAACCAAUUGUGUUUUACCAAAGUGCUGCUGACUGAGACACUAGUCCUCUACCUGGUUUGUCAUUUUAAAGUCUCUGUGAAGGAGUGUCUGCAGAAUCAAUGCUAAUGCAUGCAUAAACAUCAUCAUCAGCUAUAAACAUCUAUGAUUGCAUAGCAGCAAAAUUGACCGAAUCUGAUGUUCUCUGAAGAAAGUGGGAAAUAUUUCUUCCAACAGAUGAGCUAUAAAUCGACUGUGCUGACAGAGGUUUUGACCCUCUGUACUGAGCACUGCAUUGCCUUGCUGUAGCUUUUAGACUGGACCUGCUCAGCCUCAGUCAUUGACUGUCAUCAUGGAGGAAAAGCAGACGACUGUAGCCGAGUGAAGAGGACUAAACGCUGCACCCCGACGCAUCCCAGCCUUUGUUUCUCCUGUUAUUAUUCGAAAUCGGCGAUCACCACAGAGACACCACCGAGAACACCUGAGGGCUGACAGCCGCCAAAAUGAAGCAUUUUCUCAGAGUGGUGACCCAGUUCUUUGUGUUCCUCUACUGUAAAUUACUGUGGCGCGGCCUCAAGUUUGUCGUCAGGAAGUUUACGGGACGCUGUGAGCUGCAGAGGAUCUGCUACAACAACAAGCAUGGAGCCCGCAGGACCCUCAAGAUAGAGUCGUCUCUGCGCUACUCCAAGAAUGGGCUGCUGCAGUCUGCCCUCAGUGUCCAUCCUGAUAAAGUGGAGAAAACCAUUGAUGACAUCAUGGCCUUGAAGAAGAUUAACCCUGACACCAACCCACAGCUGGGCAUCUCUCUGCAGGCCAGCCUGCUGCAGAUCGUGGGCUACAGGAGCCUGGUGAUGGAGGUGGAGAAGCUGCGCAGGGAGCCUUACGACUGUGAAAACGCUGAGCACGAGGACACGCUGAUGAAGCUAUGGAAGGAGCUGCGUCCUGACACACCUCUCACGGGCCGCAUCUCUAAACAGUGGUGUGAGAUCGGUUUCCAAGGCAGCGAUCCCAAGACUGAUUUCAGAGGCAUGGGCCUACUGGGCCUGCAUAACCUGCUGUAUUUUGCAGAACACGACAAGGCGACUGCUCUGCAGAUGCUCAACGACUCCCUGCAACCAAAGCACAAUGAAAUAAACAAGCCUGAAUGGGAACAGAAGAACCUUGACAAAGCUAUCGGUUAUUCUUUUGCCAUCGUGGGCAUCAACAUCACAGACCUGGCCCACUCUCUGCUGGUGAGCGGAGCCCUGAAGACUCACCUGUACAACGUGGCCCCAGAGAUGCCCAGCCUGCUGCACUUCCAGCAGACCUUCUGUUACCUGAUGCAGGAGUUCCACCGUUUCUGGAUCGAGGAGGAUCCCAGCGACAUCAUGGAGUUCAACCGUCGCUCCAAGUUCCACCGGAGGAUCCUGCGGCAGCUGAAGAACCCGGACAUGGCUCUGUGCCCCCACUUCUCCGCCUCCGACCUCCACCUGGUCAACCUCUAAACACACACUCCUGACUCCUGUGACACCCCCCCCCACCCCCCUCUCUCUCACUGAGCCCUUCAUACCCCCCACCACAGAGGUCUCCCCUGGGUGUCUGACAGGCCAACUGAAAAUCAGAAAAUCAGAAAACCCUUUGCACUCACAUAGAUGGUUCCUCAAACAGCUGGACACAUCUGGGGAGGCGCUCUCCCUUCUCCGCUCAGCCCGACUCGUCCCAGUAAACGUCAUGUCGCGUCACUGCCAACAGCUCAUUCAACACACACACACACACACUCCCACACACACACACACACACACACACACACACACACACACACACACUGCCUCUACGCCCUCACUGCAGCGUCAGACCACCAGCAUCAGAGAUGACCAUAGCGAUUGUAGCUGUGCAUGAGGAGGCUGCACCACACCAUCACAACAGACUCAUUCUUAUCUGUUGCUUUAAUGAUUCAUGACGAUUGUAUCACAGCCGUUACGCCUCAGUUCACAACCUCUCUGCUUAUUCUAACAACUAACCAAAUUUACUUUCUCUACCAAAAAAUCCCUGUUAGAUUGCGACUUAGUGAUCAUCAGCUCAGAAGAUUCUGGCAACGAGCUGGUCGGGCUACAGGACGAAAGGUUUUAUAUUGGAAUUGAAGAGCUAUAGAUAUAUAAUAUAAGUUUAAAUGAAGAAAUGCAGCUGGCGCCGAUUCAAUCAAAAGCAAUCAAACCAUCCAGGGCCAGUUCAUCUCUUAACUUUGUCUGUAUUAGGUCAUCGCUAUAGAUUGUACUGUACUUACUAUGUCGCCAUGACAUCAACACCUAAGACUUCUACUUCUUGCCAAAAUAUCGAAUGUGGAGAACUUAUAAUCACAGCAGCGGUUUGUUUCUCGUGAGCUCAAAUUUAAGUUUUGUAAACCUGCUAAAUGAUGCUCAUGGAUAUCUUAAAAACUCCUUCCUGUGUAGUCGCAUUACAGAUAUUAAAUGUGUAGCAUUCGGCAGAAGUUUGGAUACUAAAACCUUUUUUAAAAUUUUCCUCAUACUUAUUUACAUCCAGAAAAAAAACCAUCAGAAAAUAUUUUAUGAACAUUGUUUAACAGGUUUGCAAAAGCUUUUGCCUUUGAUUUGACCCCAUGCAUAUAAUUCUGUUAUGAAUGUUCCUCACUUGCUCACUUUCACGAUUGUUUGAUUCUCUUUUAAUUCAUUGAAUGUGACACUGUGUCCACUGUUGUAUCAGCCAAAGCAAUAAUUUACAUUCAUUUCACUGCACAUUUCUCUACAUGUGUUUAUUUUGCACCACGCGUGCCUGAGUCUUUGUUUUCGCUUUCUAACUCAGAGCCAGAAUGUUAAUCAGUUCAAGCAGGAGCUGCUACAUGUAGCAUUUGAUAGAGGUAAAAUAUUUUGAUAAAUUAGUGUAAUUACUGUAAACAAAUGCCCCCACUAGUCUGUUUGGCAGGAGAGCUGCUGAACUGCUUUUCUAAGACGCUGUGAGGUCUCAGGUGUUUCAGUCAACUUAUUAUUAUUAUUAUUAUUAUUAUUAUUAUUAUCUAAAAUGCUACACGUAGCAGCUUUAAGGAGCAUCUGUGACAAAAGCAACAACCAACAUAAAAGACAUUAAAUGUAGAGUUGCUCCAUAGAGGAUGAAUCAGGAGCUAAAUGCUAAAACAGAGGAGAGCUGACAGCGGAAAGUUAAAACGCUGAAGAUGGAGGCGUUGACCAGCCAGUCAAACGCACCAGAUAUUAGUACAUGUCACUGUCAGCUCCAUCUGUGGACGGCCUGCUUUCUCUCUUUUAAUUAUAUUUCUUUAUUUUAUCUUUAUUUUACCAGAACGGCCUCACUGUGACUAAAAGGGACGAAACAGAACAAAUCACAAAAUUAUAAUUAAAUUUAAAAAAAAGCAGUUUUACAUCCAGUUCAUCGUCUGUGGAGCAUCAGUUUGAUCGGCAUCUCGGCUCUGAGUCACACCUUUAAUUUCCACCGAAUGACAAAUGAACAAAAGCCCAAAUGUGACACACGUGCACGUCUUCGCAGCAGCGUUGCUUCUCAUGAGCACGUGACCACUUGUAUUUAACAUUCAACGAGCGGCGGCGUCGCGCGUGGCGCUCUGACAAAUGUUCCCAUCAGAGAAAAACCCAAAACGUACAAUAUUAUUUUUCUGCCAUGCUUGCACUGUUGAUUGUGUUUUAAUAGUACUGAAUAUCUUUGUCUCAUUGAAGUGAAUGUCAAUGCUUUCUGUCAGUAUUAUGCAGCUGUUUACUUCAGUGAAUGUCACUGCUGGUUUCAUCUCCUGCUUGCAUUAGGUUUUGCUUUGCUAUGGUCAGCUUUGCACUACUGUAAAAAAAAAAAAAUUAAAAAUGCAGUUUCCUUUAUGAUAGUAAAUCAGUCAUUUGUGGUAUUGGAGUACGAGGGCCAGUGUGUCCCAUGAUACUGUAGAUGACUUUAGAUACAAGCUGCUGUAUAUUCUGCUUUGAAACUGCCUAUAAGACCGUAAAACUGCAUGAUGGUAUUUUCGUUGUCACAGCUCCGGCGUUCUGUAUUCUACAGUAAAGCCUAAAGUAAAUCUAGAUAUUGUAACUGUGCGCUUCAUUUGUCUGUGCUGUACUUUUUGAGACCACAAUAAAAACUAAAUGUCGGUUAAAAAAAAAAAAA